AUUUAUACCAAUGGUACAGCCCAGUAAAAUCGGGCUGUCCAUUUUAUGGCCGUUUUCGGCUUUUUAUGCAGAGUUCUAUGUUAAGCAGUGUGCUCGGGCAAUGGUUUUUAACCGAAGUCCCGAGGGUAAAUAACCCCAAUAGUCAGUCGGUUUUAGCAUUCUACAGCUACUACCUGAUAGAUACAAUAUGUCUGGACGUGGUAAGGGAGGAAAAGGACUCGGAAAGGGAGGCGCCAAGCGUCACCGAAAGGUUCUGCGUGAUAACAUCCAGGGUAUCACGAAGCCCGCAAUCCGCCGUCUCGCUCGUCGUGGUGGUGUGAAACGCAUCUCUGGCCUCAUCUACGAGGAGACCCGAGGUGUCCUCAAGGUGUUCCUUGAGAACGUCAUCCGCGAUGCCGUGACAUACACUGAGCACGCCAAGAGGAAGACCGUCACUGCCAUGGACGUCGUCUAUGCCCUCAAGAGACAAGGCAGGACUCUGUACGGAUUCGGCGGUUAAUCGAACCUUCUUUACAGAAGCUACAAAACGGCCCUUUUUAGGGCCACACA